CUUUGCAUCGCAACAACCACCCAUAAAAGAAGAGCACUCUCGACGCCCACGGAAACCUAGACAACCCGCCAAAGGAACCCGCCGACCAAUUUCACAAUGUCCUCCCACGCAACACUAAGCGCAGCCUCAGACGAUCGUAAAGCGCGUCUCGCCAAGCUCAAAUCUCUCAAGCGCAAGCAGCCGAUCGAAGCAGAAGCAGACGAAACCGAAACCGCACCACAAGAUGACCUCAUUCCCACCACCACCAACCACAACAGCAACAGCAACAACGACGACUACAACAACCAAGACCCCUCCCUCGCCCCCCCCACCCAAGACGUAGCCCGCAUGCACCUCUCCGGCCGCAACUACGACUUCGAGACCAAGGGGCCGAAACUCGGCUUCGAAGCACCCCCGACCUUAUCCCAGGGGCAGGCGACGCUCGAGCAGCAGGCGCAGGACCUGGAGGAGGAGUCGCGGCGGCAGGAGGCCGUGGACGCGCAGAGCGACCGCGGCAUCGACCUGUUCAAGCUGCAGCCCAAGAAGCCCAACUGGGACCUCAAGCGCGAGCUGAACCUGCGCAGCGAGGCGCUCGGCGUGCGCACCGAGAACGCGAUUGCUCGUCUGGUGCGCGAGCGCCUCGCCGAGAAGAAGGCUGCUGCGGACGCGGCGGCGGCGCCUGGAUCUGCUGCUGGUGCUGCUGCUGCUGGGCGGGGUGGGAAACAAGGGGGGGAUGAGGGGGAUGCGGAGGCGGAGGGUAUGUUGGAUGGGGCGGCGCUUGUGGAGGGGAUGAGGUUGCGGGAGAGGGAGGAGGAGGAGGAGAAUCGGAGGGAGAGGGAGGCGGAGGCGGCUGAGUUUGGGAUGGCUUGAAAGGUACAUUGGUCACUGGCAUCGUCUGGGUUUAAGAUAUGGGCAUUGCAUAAUUGGGCGCCCUGUACGGAUAUGGGACUGUUUUUGCGGAUUGGUGUUGUUUUAUUUGGGGCUGCCGGUGAGCUACAUGGAUCCUACAAAAAGUAUGGCAUAGUAUGAUACCCGGAAUUCCUAUCCUCAUCUA